UACCCAACAAAGAGUCUCAUUCAACAUGUGUGUCUUCUUCCACAAACACCACCAAUCCCACGAAUACAACGUCAACCCACUCGAAACACUGACCAACCAACCAAAAAGGAUAUAGAUAGAUAGAACAAUUGGGAGAGAAGGAAAGAAACCGCAAAAGAGAGGAAACAAAUCGAAGCACAGUUAGAGGAACCAAACAGUAACAUCUCUUCUCUUCCUUGUCUCCACCCCAGAAAAUGGCGUCUUCUUUAUCCCUAUCCCUCUCCUUCUCCGCCCUCCACCACCACACCUCCACUCCCCUUAUCCUGCGCACCCCUAAACUCCUUCACCAACGUGCUCACUCCCAUAAAGCCUUCUCCAUCAAAGCCCUCUCCGCUCCAACCCUCACCCAAGACGACCUCAAGAAGCUCGCCGCAGACAAGGCCGUGGAUUAUGUCAAGUCCGGCAUGGUUCUCGGCCUCGGCACCGGCUCCACUGCCGCCUUCGUCGUUGCCAAGCUUGGCCACCUCCUCCAGACCGGUCAACUAUCCAACAUUGUCGGAAUCCCCACCUCGAAACGCACUGAAGAGCAAGCUCGUCAAUUGGGUAUCCCUCUCUCGGUCCUCGAUGACCACCCGAGCCUCGACCUCGCCAUCGACGGCGCCGACGAGGUCGACCCGGAUCUGAACCUAGUCAAGGGCCGCGGAGGAGCGCUCUUGCGAGAGAAAAUGGUGGAAGCUGCCUCGGCCAAGUUCGUGGUCGUCGUGGACGAUACGAAACUAGUGAAGGGACUAGGAGGAAGUGGGCUGGCAAUGCCAGUCGAGGUGGUACAGUUUUGUUGGAAGUACAACCUGAUAAGGCUGCAGGAGUUGUUCAAGGAAGAAGGGGUUGAGGCAAAGCUGAGGUUGAGUGAAAAUGGGACGCCCUAUGUGACUGAUAAUUCCAAUUAUAUAGUUGACUUGUAUUUCAAGACGCCGAUAAAGGAUGCUUUGGCGGCCGGGAAGGAGAUUUCGGCUUUUGAAGGGGUUGUGGAGCAUGGAUUGUUCUUGGAUAUGGCUACCGCGGUCAUUAUUGCUGGUAAGGGAGGUGUGGAGGUGAAGAAUAAGUGAAACUUUUGUGUGAUUGUUGUUUAUUUAUUUUUUUCUUUGGAUGAGUUCGGCCUUAAUUGCUAUGACUGGUAAUGUGGAUACUUGUUGGAAUGACUUGAGCAUGUUUAAAUUGGAUCACUACAAUAGAAGAGAUAUUAGUUGAUAGGAAAUGAGAUAAGGUGGAAUAAAUGAAAUUGGAAGUUUUCAUAUUAA